AGGUCUCUACUCAAGACAUUCUCAACCGCAUCAGGGAAAACCUCACUUGCUGUCUAGUUUCUGAAUAGGGUUUUCCACCACAGAUCACAUCCACGUCGUGUUGCAGCGAAUAACGAAGUGUAAGGAAUGCCCGCUCACCCUCUGGCAUGCAUCCAUCGACUUUAGAACAGCGUUCGGUUCCAUCGAGCCGAACACUAUGCUGAACGCCUCGCACAACUGCGGUAUCAACCCUGUCUACGUGCACUUGGUGGAGGAACGUUAUACGGUUCCUGGAACCGUACAGAGCCAACACCAUAAGAGACUCCAACUGUCUUUUGCCGACUCUGGCACAGGAUCGGGAACGUUGGAAGCUCUGUCUGACGUGCCUGCCUCUGCGACCCGAAAGGAGAAGCGGCGAUGGAAGAUGAAGAAGAUGAGCAUUACGGAGGGAGUACCAUCUUCAGCGCCGGGCAAGAAGCGGAAAAUCCGCUAG